UAAAAUUAGUGUGCACAUCAGCCAUAAUGUUCCUAACGGGCUAUUUGAAGGAGUUUGUAUAUAUAUUUGUAGUAUGGUCGCACUUAGCAGUCCGCUAGGAAAACGCGACAUCGUCAUUUAAAAUGGCGCCAAAGAUUAACCUGAGCCAGUGGAUCGCUGGUAAAAUAUGCCACACUGUGCGCUGCUGGCUAGCACCACAGAUAGCGCACCAUCAUCGUGUUACUCAACAGUUUUCACGCAUGUGUCCAUCAGCGUCCCUACGCCGUAGCUCCGCGGACAGACGACAAUGAAGAGGAGCAGGCACCCCAGCAGCAGUGAUGACUCCGACAAUGGAAGUAAUUCUACCUGCUGGUCCCAACAUUCAUCACAGCCCAGGAGGGGGACCGGGCAGAAACCCUCCGAGGUUUUCAGGACGGACCUGAUCACCGCCAUGAAGGUGCAUGACUCGUACCAGCUGAACCCCGAGGACUACUACGUCCUCGCCGACCCGUGGAGGCAGGAGUGGGAGAAGGGUGUCCAGGUUCCCGUCAGCCCUCAGUCCAUCCCACAGCCUGUCGCCAGGGUGUUGGCAGAGAAAGGGAAGGAGGUCAUGUUCGUCAGGCCAAAGAAGCUGAUCCGGACGACGGGCACAGAGGCACUGGGCUACGUGGACAUCCGGACGCUGGCGGAGGGGAUGUGCCGCUACGACCUGAACGAGGAAGACGUGGCCUGGCUGCAGAUCACAAACGAGGAGUUUGCAGAGAUGGCCAUGCCGCCGUUGGACGAGAUCACCAUGGAGCGGGUGAUGGAGGAGUUUGAGCACUGCUGCCACGAAAACAUGACGCACGCCAUGGAGACGGAGGAGGGACUCGGUAUCGAAUACGACGAGGACGUGGUGUGUGACGUUUGCCAGUCGCCCGACGGGGAAGACAACAACGAGAUGGUGUUCUGCGACAAGUGCAACAUCUGCGUUCACCAGGCGUGUUACGGCAUCCAGAAAGUCCCAAAGGGCAGCUGGCUGUGUCGGAUCUGCGCCCUUGGCAUCCUGCCAAAGUGCCAGUUGUGUCCCAAGAAGGGCGGAGCCAUGAAGCCGACCCGAAGUGGAACCAAGUGGGUCCACGUAAGCUGUGCCUUGUGGAUUCCAGAGGUGAGCAUCGGGAAUCCAGAGAAGAUGGAGCCGAUCACCAACGUGUCCCAAAUUCCCAGCAACAGAUGGGCUCUGAUCUGCUGCCUGUGCAAGGAGAAGACCGGAGCGUGUAUACAGUGCUCAGCGAAAAACUGCCGGACUGCCUUCCAUGUGACGUGCGGCCUCCACGCCAGCCUUGAAAUGAACACGAUCCUCACAGAGGAUGACGAGGUCAAAUUCAAGUCCUACUGCCCCAAACACUCCGGGCUCGAGGGCCCCGAGUCCAGGGUCCGAGAUUCUGGAGGCGAGGAGGAGAAGGAGAGCGCCAGAGACAAGAAGUGCAAGAGGAGAGGCAGGGUCAGAGUGGAGGAAGACGCUUCCUCCUCUUCGUCGUCCUACGUGGCUCCUCAGCUCAUCAACAGAGCGCCUGGCGAUCUAGAGGGGCUCAGCAGCCGCCAGCAGGAGAAGAGAGUCAACCUCCGCAAGCUGAAGCUGCAGGCGAUGGAGGAAGACUUCUACCAGUUUGUGGAGGUGGACGAGGUGGCCAGUCGCCUGAAGCUGCCGCCAGACGUCGUGGACUUCCUCUACCAGUACUGGAAACUGAAACGCAAAGCCAACUUCAACCAGCCGCUCCUCACGCCCAAGAAGGACGAGGAGGAGAGCCUGGCACGCCGCGAGCAGGAGGUGCUGCUGCGACGCCUGCAGCUCUUCACACACCUCCGACAGGACCUGGAGAGGGUGCGUAACCUGACCUACAUGGUGACUCGGAGGGAGAAGAUGAAGCGCUCGUUGUGGAGAGUCCAGGAGCAGAUCCUCCAGCACCAGGUCCGACUGCUGGACCACGAGCUGCUCACAGGUGAUCCUUCAGCGAAGGAUUUGGAGAAGCUCUUCUCUCUGGGCUGGUUAUCCUCUCAGGGCUCCCAGUCUCACUCCUCCGGCAGCCACUCUGGACUGAAAACCAAACGAGGGUCUUCAAUGCAGGAAAAACGGAAAAGCAGCGUCAGAAAAGGCCCCUCUGGCGCUCCGCACACUCACAAGAAGGACAAUCAAAGCAAACCACUGGAGACGAAGGACAGUAAAGGCUCCCGAAUCAAAGAGUCUUCUGCUCCUGCCGAGGCCACAAGCGACGCCAAAAUCCCAAACUCUGAGAUCAGCCCGGAGAUUCCAAUCCCAAAGCUUCAGAAGCCAGAAGUCGUGCAGGAAACUAUCACGGUCAAGCUGCACAAACUUGAGAGCAGGAAAUGCCCAAGGAGGGAGGCCCCGGGGCCCGUACACGAGGCGCUGGCCAGACGGAAACGAGACAACGACCAAGAACAAGAAGAGACGAAGAGGAAGAGGAGGAGCGAUGUGACGGAAAGCUUCCCCAGCCAGGUAAAGAACAGGUUCGGGUCAAAACAUCUGGAGAAGACUGUGUCCAUCAGGCUGGUCGAUAUCAGGAACUCUGACACAGAAGACUACUUCAUGGCCGAAGGGACGAUAAAAAGAAACCCGGUCUCUCUGGAUGUGACGACCGACUCUAAAAUCAACAGAGCCAGCGUGGCCUCGGCCGCCGCCAAAGCCAACGGCUGGCUGAGGAAAACCCACGCGAACGGCUCUCACAGAUCUGUGUCCGGGCAUCUUAAAGGCUGGGGGAAGUUCAGGAUCCCAAAGAGGGCCGAGAGGCCUCCGACGGCAACGCUGAAGGAGCCGGAGGAGGCGGAGCACUGCAAGCCGCUGCUGAGGCCGCUGACCAACACGCCAGAGCCGUCGUACCCCAGGACCAGACUCCGCUCAGGGACGGAGAACGACGGCUACACCUCCGACUCCAAACCAGGCGACGGCGAGGUGGAGCCCUGCUUGAAACGAUGCCACUCCCACCAGCUGAGGGGCGACUCCUCUCUCAGCCGGCGCUACGGGUCUGACAUCAUCCGCCGAGGCGUGCUGGCCUCCUGAUGGCGGAGCACACUUGUUGAAAAUAAGCUGCACUGUGUUAGUCUGAAGAGAACGACGGUCUCGUUUUGUACCUUUUUAUUUUUCUGGUUGAAUCAUAAAAUGCCUAGAUUAAAAAACAGAGCUGAUAUUUAUUUUUUAUUUGUAACAUAUGUAAAUCUGGGAAAUAUUUUACCUUUGACUUUAUUUUGAGCUAGUUUUUAUUUUUUAUUGUUUUCCUUAAAAAGUAGAAAGAUGUCAAGUUGCCACUUAAAUGCUCACUCAGAUAUUUACAAGCAUCACCUAGGGAGAAGUUGUGAUCGUUGCUUGGGACCAUAAGCUUGCAAUGUAAUUUGUUUUUGACUUAGUAUUAAACUCAGUUGCACUUAGUUGAAAAUGCUGAUAUAGAUAAUCCUCAUCCGGUCAGCGAAAUAGGACUCUAUAGGUAUUUGUUAUCAAGCUUCAUCGAACCUAACAGCUACAAACAGGCAGUCAAACUGUCCUAUUAUCACUAUUUAAACUCCGUCAUCAUCUCUUCAGUCUGCGAUUGUUGAACAUUAUGAACUGGGAAUAAACAAAAAAAAAAAAAGGAACGCAGAAUGACGUUGUUGACCGAACUUAAGUGUAAUUGAACUGCGAUCGUAUCCAUCAUGUGCCUAACUUUUAUUUGAAGCGUUUGCACUACGAGAGGACGGCACAGGUGUGAGGUACGAGUAGAGUUAUUUUUACACUGAAAAAUAAAAAAAGCAUUUUUGUACCCUCAGCCGCUGCUGUACUACUGUUAUGCAAAAUGAAUCUUGUUUUGUCUUUGUCUUAAAGAGGAAUAAAAACUGCAGGAUUUAAGUCCG